AUGGCCAUCAGCAUCAAGAUUCUCCAGACAGGGUCGAUAAGAAUCCGCCCCUCCCACCGUCAUCAGCCUGCCAAUAAAGCUGUACUCCUGCGCCGCCUGUCAGUCUUGCUGGACACAUCCUGGACAGAUCCGUUGCCUAUUAACACGUACUUGAUCGAUCAUCCAGAGGGGCCCAUUCUGUUCGACUCCGGCGAGUCGCCACACAGUAUGGAGCCCGGUUAUUUCCCGCUCUGGAUGCCCUUCUUCCAUCUUGCCGUCGAUAUCGAUGUAGGAAAAGAUGAGGGCAUUGGCUCCCGACUCGAGCAAGAGAACCUUACUCCAGGUGACCUUAAGGCAGUCGUUUUAUCCCAUCUUCAUCAUGAUCAUGGUGACGGGCUGCCCGACCUCGUCGGAGCACCGGUCUGGAUCACCGAAGAACAUUGGCAGGCGUACAAGACGCCAUUUCAUGCUACAAUGGAAGGAGCCGUUCCGAACCAAUGGCCAGCAUCUUUCAAACCUUCCAUGCUUCAACCAACCGGUGGCCCCAUUGGUCCGUGGAACCAGAGCUAUCCCAUCACUGAAGAUUGA